AUCUCUUAAGAGGUGUAUCUAGCACUCUAAGCAUACACUUUCAUACCACAUUCGAAACUUUGCAGCAACCCCUUGGAAGGGAUUCCCAGCACAUAUCAUCCCUUUCCCGUUUCCAAAACCGAGAACCACGUCGUGGUAGACUCGCACACGUCCCUAACGCUGAACCUUCGACAAUAACAAAAUGUCCAGCAUGCAGAUGCUGACCAAAUUUGAGUCCAAAAGCAACCGGGUCAAAGGCCUUGCUUUUCACCCGACUCGCCCGCUUCUCGCUGCAUCCCUUCAUAAUGGCACAGUGCAGCUGUGGAACUACCAGAUGGGCACACUAAUGGACCGUUUUGACGAGCAUGAUGGACCCGUGCGUGCUGUUGCUUUUCAUCCUACUCGCCCGCUGCUAGUUACUGGAGGAGAUGACUACAAGGUGAAAGUGUGGGACAUCCGUCCCCAAAACCGACGGUGCCUUUUCACGCUGCACGGUCACUUGGAUUACCUGCGAACCGUCCAGUUUCAUCAUGAGAUGCCUUGGAUUCUUUCUGCCUCGGAUGAUCAGACGAUCCGGAUAUGGAAUUCUACGUCCAGGCAAUGCAUUGCUAUCCUGACCGGCCACUCGCACUACGUCAUGUGCGCCCAAUUCCACUCCAAGGAUGACCUCAUUGUCAGCGCUUCAAUGGACCAAACCGUUCGCGUCUGGGACAUCUCUGGGCUGAGACGGAAUACGCCCAACCAACAGCAACAAAACUCCUUCGACAGCUUCGAAGCAUUCUCGACUGUCAAAUAUGUCCUGGAAGGUCACGACCGUGGAGUCAAUUGGGCGUCUUUCCACCCUACCCUUCCACUCAUCGUCUCUGCUGGUGACGAUCGUCAAAUCAAGCUCUGGCGGAUGAGUGAGACAAAGGCUUGGGAGGUUGACACAUGCCGCGGCCACUUCAACAAUGUCUCAAGCGCUCUGUUCCAUCCCAAGCACGAGCUUAUCCUGUCCGCUGGUGAGGACAAGACCAUUCGCGUGUGGGAUAUGUCGAAGAGGACCGCGGUUCAGACGUUCCGUAGGGAGCACGAUAGGUUCUGGGCACUGUGUGCGCAUCCAGAGCUGAAUUUGUUCGCGGCUGGUCAUGACAAUGGAUUGAUUGUCUUCAAACUCGAGCGCGAGCGCCCCGCAUUCGCCUUGCACCAGGACACCCUCUAUUAUAUUCGAGACAAAUACGUGCGCCAGCACGACUUGGUCACGGGAUCCGAUGUCGGUGUUCUCAGCGUGCGAAAGCUCGGCAACCAGUAUAUCCAGCCGCGCACUCUGAGCUUCAACCCAGCGGAGCGUGCUGUUCUUGUCACUUCUACUGCGGACAAUGGGAUCUACGAGUUGGCCACCUUGCCCAAGGAUGCUGGUGGAGAACUCAGAGAUUCCACUUCCGAUGGAAAGCGCGGGGCUGGUUACAGCGCAAUUUUCGUCGCUCGUAACCGCUUCGCGGUGCUGGACAAGAACGCUCAGACCAUUGAGAUCCGCGAUCUCAAUAACACUUUGACCAAGACCAUCAAGCCGCCAGUACAAACGAGCGAGAUUUUCUAUGGUGGCACGGCAAGUCUUUUACUAAGCUCGCCUACUGCGGUCGUUCUGUUCGACAUCCAACAGCAGAAGGUUCUCGCCGAGCUGAGCACUCAGGUCGUAAAAUACGCUGUUUGGAGUUCAGACGGUGCCAAUGUUGCUCUCCUUGGCAAGCACACGAUCACCAUUGCCAACAAGACCUUGACCCAGAGCAGCCUCAUUCACGAGACCAUCCGCAUCAAGUCUGGAGCAUGGGACGACAGCGGUGUCUUUAUUUAUUCCACAUUAAAUCACAUCAAAUAUGCUCUACCCCAAGGGGACAAUGGCAUCAUCAAGACACUUGAUCAACCAAUCUAUCUUACGCGAAUCAAGGGGAAGACGCUCCACUGUCUGGAUCGUUCCGCUCGCCCCAGGACCAUCGUGAUUGACCCCACGGAAUAUCGCUUCAAGCUGGCGCUUCUCCGCCAUAACUACGACGAGGUCCUGCACAUUAUUCGUACUUCCAACCUUGUGGGCCAGAGCAUCAUUUCUUAUCUCCAAAAGAAGGGUUUCCCCGAAAUUGCGCUCCACUUCGUUCAAGACAAGAACACACGUUUUGAGCUCGCUAUCGAGUGUGGUAAUCUUGAUGUCGCCCUGGAGACUGCGGUUGCGUUGAACCGGCCGGAGAGCUGGAAUAGACUCGCUCAGCAAGCGCUGAAGCAGGGCAACCACAAAAUUGUCGAGACUGCCUAUCAGCGUGUUCGAAACUUCGAUCGUCUGUCCUUCCUGUACAUGACAACGGGCGCACACGAGAAGCUUGCGAAGAUGGCCAAGAUCGCCGAGGCUCGUGGCGACCAGAUGUCGAAGUUCCACAACUCACUCUACACGGGUGACAUUGUCUCUAGGAUUACCGUCCUUCGAGACGUUGGCCUGUAUCCCCUUGCUUACAUGACCGCAAAGACGAACGGUCUUGAAGACAUGGCCAACGACAUCCUCGACGCGGCUGGUCUUACCGAGGCUGAUCUAGACGAUGUCCCAACUUUUGAAAUGUCGACCCUCAGGCCACCACCCGUCAUCUCCGGCACCGAGCUGCUACAGUGGCCAUCCCUCGGCAGUGCGGACAACUUCUUCGAGCGUGCCCUCAUCGAAGGUCGCCUGGCUGAAGGGGCUCCGUACGUCAACGGCACGGAUGCUGCUGCUGCCAACGCCGCUCUGGAUGAGUGGGAGGGUGACAACGCUGGCCCCGCUGCCGAACAAGGGGACGAUGAGGGCUGGGGCUUGGAUGAAGCUAUUGUUCCUCAGGCUGAAGAGGAGGAAGAAGAGGAAGAGCAGGCGGACUUGGCUGAUUCUGCACCAGGUAUCAGCGAGGCAGAUCUCUGGGUCCGCAACUCCCCGGUUGCAGCAGACCACGUCGCUGCUGGUUCCUUCGAUACGGCGAUGCAACUGCUCAAUCGCCAAGUCGGCAUCGUCAACUUCGAACCGCUCAAGCCUAUCUUCUUAUCCAUCUAUCGUUCCUCUUACGCAUAUCUCACGGCGAACGCUUCAAUGCCACCUAUUCAGAUACCCCUUCGCCGGCAACCUACUUCUUCCAAGCCGAGCCAGGUGUAUCCGAUCGUAUCCCAAACACUCCAAGCGAUCACCUCUGGCGAUCUCCAGAGCGCCUAUCGAGCUGUGCGCUCCAAUGAGCUCCCAGAAGCGGGCAAGCUAUUCCGUUCCAUCCUCCACUCCUUGCUAUUUGUGGUCGUAUCCUCACAGACGGAGGCGAAGGAGCUGCGCGACAUCAUUUCGUCAUGCAAAGAGUAUUUGUUAGGGGUCUCUAUCGAGCUGGAGCGCCGUCGCCUCGUGCAGGAUGAGCCGGAGAAUGUCCGGCGGAGCCUAGAGCUGGCGGCUUACUUUACGAACUGCAAAUUGCAACCUGCCCACCAUACUAUCGCUCUUCGCAACGCAAUGACAGUGUUCUCGAAGGCCCAAAACUUCGCGACCGCUGCGGUGUUUGCCAGGAAGCUAAUUGAGCUCAACCCCGCCCCCAAGGUGCUUGCAUCGGCUCGGGCUGUAGUGACCGCUGGCGACCGCAACCCACGCGACGCAGUGGACUUCUCAUAUGACCAGUUCACGGAGUUCAAUGUCUGCGCUGCGAGCUACACGCCAAUCUACAAGGGCUCUCCAUCAGUCACUGACCCAUAUACGGGUGCUCACUACUUACCCAAGUACAAAGGUCAACUUGACUCGCUGCUCCAGCUGACGGAGAUCGGUGCACCUGCGUCCGGUCUGGUCUCCUAUGUGUAGCUGCAUUCCGGAUACUUUAGAGCACGCUUGUAAUUUAAUUAUGUCGCCUCUGUGGCGCAUGCAUAACUCUGACUGUCAAUACCAUCC